AUGGCGCGGGAGCUGAGCCAGGAGGCCGUGCUGGACUUCCUCUGGGGGGCCGGGGGCCGAGCCCCCAACACGGCGCUGCUCCGCCACUUUCAGGGCUUCCUCCGCGACCCGGCGCUGACGGAGCAGCAGCGGCGGGAGCGCCGCGAAUACUUCAAGAGCCUCGUCAAUUCCCUGGCCACCGUCCACCCCGCCGCCGCCCCCGGCGCCUCCAAGGACAUCGUCCUCCGCCGCAGGUACCGCGACCUCCUCGAUGAGGAGCUGCCGCCGCCGCCGCCGGAGGAACAGCAGGAGGAGGAAGAGAAGGAGCCGCCGCCGCCGCCCCGACGCGACCCCGACCGGCGGCGCGGCCCCCCAGGGGAGGCGGCGGAGAAGGCGGGGCCCGGCGGGGGCAGCCCCCGAGCCGCCGUCGCGGGGGGCUGCGCCGCCCGGGGCCGCGGCGGACCCUGCUGCGAGUGCCGCCGGGCGCGCCGCGCUGCCGCCGCCGCCCCGCCGGGCCCCAGGGCGCCGCCCCCGCCGGGCCGCCCCGCCGCCGGGCCGCCCCCAUAUCAGACCCUGCAGCCACCCUCUGCCACACCGUCCCGGUCCCGGUCCCCACCGCUGCCGCCGGGGCCCGGCGUGCUGCCUGCCACUGGGUCAGCCCCGUUCGGGUCCCUGCCACCACAACGCCCUAGAGGGCUGCGACCAUCCCGGUCCCCACUGCUGUCGUCGGGCCCCAGGGUGCCAUCCCCCACCGAGCUGCCCCUAUCCCGGUCCCCACAGCCACCCCUCGCUGAGCCACCCCCAUCCCGGUCCCUGCCGUUGCUGUCCGCCCCAGGGGUGCUGCCCCUGUCCCGGUCCCUGCAGGCACUCCCCACCAGCCCCUCCCCAUCCCUUUUAUCAGGCCCAGAUGUGCUACCCUCCACCAGGCUGCCCCCAUCACAGUCCAGGUCCCUGCAGCAACUCCCCACCAGGCCAUCCCCAUCCCCACCAAGGAGAUCCAGGGUGCUGACCCCCAACGGACCAACCCAAUCUCAAGCCCUGCUGCUGCAUCCAUACCAAACCCUGCCACUGCCAUCACGUCCUGGGGUGCUGCCCCCAUCCCAAUCCCCACCACAGUCCCCCCCCCAGCCACCCCCAUCCCAAUCCCUGCAGCUACCCCCUGCCAGGCCGCCCCCGUCACAGUCCUUGCUGCCAGCACAGGGCCCCGCAGGGCCCCAAGACCCCGAGAGCAGCCUCCCAGCACCGCUGCCUGUCUUCAGGAGCAUCAGGUGCCAGCUUGCUUUGUUGGAGGUGCAGGGCAUCCCCCCAUCGCUGCCAGAUGACUGUGGGCGGCAGCCCCGCACCAUGCCCUCCAAGAGCUCCUUUAGGAAUGUCCCAAGCCGGGGGCUGUUGGUGCCACUGGGGCAGCGGGAGCACGCCUGGCUAGUGGCGGUGUCAGCGGGGUGCUGGGCUCGGGUGCGGGGGCUCUUCCUGGAAGAGCCGGAGCUGGCCCUGCAGCGGGACUUCAUGUCAGGCUUCACAGUCCUUCACUGGCUGGCCAAGCACGGUGAUGGGCCAGGCCUGCUGGAGCUGGCAGCAGCGGCACAGCAGGCUGGGCUGGCCCUGGACGUGGACGCCCGCUCGGGCUGCGGGUACACCCCGCUGCACCUGGCUGCCAUACACGGCCACCAGCUCGUCAUCAAGGUGCUGGUGCUGCAGCUGGGGUGCCAAGUGCAGGUGCGGGACAGCAGCGGGCGCCGGCCCUGGGAGUACCUGGGCAGCUCCACCUCGGGGGAGAUCUGGCAGCUCCUGGAGGCACCCCGUGGCACAAUUAUGUUUCCCACGCAGCCCCUGGCCCGCAGCGUGUCCUCCGUCAGCAAGGUCUCGCUGUCUGCUGGCAGGGCAGCGCUGCCUGCCUGCCUCAGGCCGCAGCACGGCCGUACGGCAGCAUCUCACCGAGCCGGCAGCGAGAGUGACUGA